AUGGAAGCGAAAAUCCCCUCCGGUCCCUCUCCCGGACCGGCUCAGAAAAAGCAAAAAUCAGACCACCCUAUGGGGCGUAUAUUGGAACCCAUUGGGUUCUACAGACAUCCAAUCUUCAUGUGGGUUGACGGCGCCCGGAAGCUUGCGGCGCAAAGCAGACAGCGGGAGCUGGAAGAUGCUUUGCGCGAUGAGAAAACGCUGGUGUUUGAGAUCAAGAAGGAUGUUGAUUUUAACACUACCGUGACCGGAGCGUGUCUUGAGAAAGAUGCGGCCGGUGAGAAGUAG